GUUCGAUGCUAUUUACCAGUAGGUACACACUAUUAAGGAACUAGUUUGUCAGUAAAUCAUUUCCGAAAUAAACGUCUAUAGAUUUGAUUUUCUUGCAUUCUCAGUGUUCGUCUGGUGUUUGUGUAUUUCUCUAUAUUUUUGAUGAAAAACCUCGAAGAAAAAUGCAAAAAGGAGAAUCUAUUCCUGCUGUUUCACCAUCAGAAAAUUGUUGUACAACUUCUAGCAAAAGCAGUUUUGCAUUAUCAUCUCAUUCGGGACAUAUUGGACACCCAAUAUAUAGAACACACCAUAGAAGUAAGUCCUUAUCGAAUAUGAUGUGUCCAGAUUCAUUUUCGCCAGGAGAAAUUCGAAGGAUGAAGGAGAGAUUAUUGAGGAUGAAUUCACAUCUGCAUCCAUCCGCUUUGAGAAAUCUAUCGACGAAGCAGAAAUUGACGUUGGUUUCUUUAGCUCUAGUGGAUUUCAUGAGUUUCUGUUCAAUGUCUAUAAUGGCGCCUUUCUUCCCGAAAGAAGCAUACAAAAAAGGUUUGUCUGAUACCUUGUCAGGACUGGUCUUCAGUUUUUAUGCUUUGGUAAUGUUCGUUGCUUCACCAGUACUGGGAAAGAUCAUACCGAAAUUCGGAGCCAAGUUUCUGUUUCUAUUUGGAAUUUUUGUAGCAGGAGCUUGCAACAUUAUCUUUGGGUUCUUGGAGUAUAUUCAAAAUUAUACCCUCUUCUUGACAUUCUGCUUAUUGGUCAGGGGAUUCGAAGCACUGGGAGCCAGUGCAUUUUCUACUGCAAGUUACGUAUUCGUUGUUAAUGCUUUUCCGAACAACAUUGGAUCAGUACUGGGGAUUUUGGAAACCUUCAUCGGCCUUGGGAUGAGUACAGGUCCAGCUGUGGGAGGAAUUUUGUACUCGGUCGGUGGAUUCAGUAUGCCAUUCUUCGUGAUAGGUAUAGCUAUGGUAGUUACUAUUCCAGUGAACAUCUUGCUUCUGCCUGCAGCUGAAGACCAUGAUAAUGUGACAAACAAAUCCACAUCGAUGCUGAAAUUGAUCAAAGUUCCUGCUGUUAUCGUAACAUGUAUGGUUGUUAUGAUAGUCUCUAGUACUUGGGCAUUCUUAGAUCCUACCUUGGAGCCUCAUUUGAGACAAUUCAAUCUUAGUCCUGAGAAAGUAGGACUAGUCUUCCUCCUAUUUUCGGCCCUAUACGGGAUUUCCAGUCCAGCUUGGGGUUGGUUAGCUGAUAAGGUCAAUAACCAUUGGUCUAUGAUGGUAGCUGGACUUUUGAUGUGUACAGUGGGACUGCUAUUGCUUGGCCCUUGUCCAUUCAUACCUUAUCUUGAAUCGAGUUUAUGGUUGGACUUGGUAGCUCUGUCAAUAUUGGGAAUUUCCGUUGCAUUAGCAUUGAUUCCAACAUUCCAAGGAGUCCUCACUAGUGCGACUGAUGCUGGUUGCAUUGAUUCUAUAGCCACAUACAGCGUAGUAGCCGGCAUUUGGUCGUGUAUGUAUUCCCUUGGGGAAGUGAUAGGACCAUCUCUUGGUGGAUUUUUAUUGCAGUAUUAUGGGUUUCCCGUAACCUCGACUGUGAUGGCAACCAUGACUUUUCUACUGGCUAUCAUCACUUUUAUGUUCUUCAUCCUCAAAUCAACAUACAGUAGGGAAAGCGAUAAUUCUUCAGACAGCGGAAUAAGCGAAUCUUGGAGAAGCUCCAACAGUGCUGAUAAUUCCAACGAGACAACUCCCCUUCUGCUUUCUCAUAUUGAUUCUAGUCAUAGAAUGUAUACAGGACAGCACGGCCAGUAUUAUGAAUUCAAUCAGGAAAACGAAAAUGUGGCUGAUAAUGAAAAUCCCUUCAAUAAUAUGAGGACAUCAGUAUCCAUCACUGGAAAAGGUUCAUGUGAGGUCUGAAAAUAUCAUUCUUCAAAUUUUGUGGAUUGUGAAUCAUACAUUAUUAUCUUUGGUAGUGCCUAUAAUAAAAGUUCGAUAAGCGG